UUCGGGAUCCAAGCAUGCCACAACAGCAGCUUGAUAUCAGUCUAUCCUCCCUCAAAGUCACCGCAGGCGCAGCAGCAGGCUUCCCCCGUCCGAGAGAGUCCGGAGGCUCCACCGAGUGAUGCCACUACUGCACCCAGCAGCAACCGCGCAUAUUCCCGACGCCUGCCGGAGGACCCGACACCACCGCCUCGACCCUUGACAGAAGAGAGCGAGCCCCAACCCACCCCCUCCCAAAUUCCACAUUCUACCCCCCCCCUCCUCCCCCCUCGGCUCCGUUCCCGUCCCGACUCCAGGAUGUCCGACUGCAACGCUGCAAGUCCCGCCGACCGGGUGAUCAAAUCGGUCCCCUUCCCCCUGGCCCACCGGCUCACCAUGAAGGAGGUGUUUGAUGCUGAGGGCCGGCCGCGGGUGGACCUGCUCAAAGCUCACCUCACCAAGGAGGGCCGACUGGAGGAGGCCGUGGCCCUGCGCAUCAUCGAUGAGGGCGCCGCCAUCCUGCGCCAGGAGCGCACUAUGUUGGACAUUGAGGCGCCAGUCACGGUGUGUGGAGAUAUCCACGGCCAGUUCUUCGACCUGAUGAAGCUGUUUGAAGUGGGAGGUUCUCCUGCCAACACGCGCUACCUCUUCCUAGGGGACUAUGUGGACAGGGGCUACUUCAGUAUCGAGUGUGUGUUAUACCUGUGGUCACUGAAAAUCCUCUACCCAAAGACGCUCUUUCUUCUACGGGGGAACCAUGAAUGUAGACACCUGACAGAAUAUUUCACCUUCAAACAAGAAUGUAAGAUCAAGUACUCGGAGCAGGUGUAUGACUCCUGCAUGGAGGCGUUUGAUUGCCUGCCCCUGGCAGCCCUGAUGAACCAGCAGUUCCUGUGUGUGCAUGGGGGGCUUUCACCAGAGAUCCACACGCUGGACGACAUCAAGAAGUUGGACCGGUUUAAGGAGCCCCCAGCAUUUGGGCCCAUGUGCGACCUGCUGUGGGCCGACCCCCUGGAAGACUUUGGGAACGAGAAGACCCAGGAGUACUUUGGCCACAACACAGUCAGAGGCUGCUCCUAUUUCUACAGUUACCCAGCAGUGUGCGAGUUCCUACAGACCAACAACCUGCUGUCAAUCAUCAGAGCGCAUGAAGCACAGGAUGCUGGGUAUCGUAUGUACAGGAAGAGUCAGACUACAGGUUUCCCCUCCCUCAUCACAAUCUUCUCUGCUCCAAACUACCUGGAUGUCUACAACAACAAAGCGGCGGUGCUAAAGUAUGAGAACAAUGUAAUGAACAUCCGUCAGUUCAACUGCUCUCCUCACCCCUACUGGCUGCCCAACUUCAUGGACGUCUUCACCUGGUCGCUGCCUUUCGUGGGAGAAAAGGUGACUGAGAUGCUGGUCAACGUCCUGAGCAUCUGCUCGGACGACGAACUCAUGAACGACGGAGAGGAGAUCUUCGAUGCCAGUGCAGCAGCAGCCAGGAAAGAGGUGAUCAAAAACAAGAUACGAGCCAUUGGGAAGAUGGCUAAAAUGUUCUCUGUUCUACGGGAGGAGAGUGAGAACGUGUUGACUCUGAAGGGACUGACCCCUACGGGCAUGCUGCCCAGCGGAGUGCUGUCUGGGGGCAAACAGACCUUGCAGAGCGCUACCAUUGAGGCCAUUGAAGCCAUCGAGACAGUUAAGGACGAUGAAGCCAUCCGAGGCUUCUCUCCGCAGCAUCGGAUCAGCAGUUUCGAGGAGGCUAAAGGUCUGGAUCGGAUCAACGAGAGGAUGCCUCCGCGACGCGACGGCGUCAACAGCGUGGGCCUGUCAAUGGGUCGCAUGAACAUGGGAGAGCCCAAUGGGGCCGACAGCAACAGCAAUAUACAGUGAUGGACAUACACUCCUACUACGUGCCCAGACACAUACCCGCAGUUACAACAACUCUGAUAUGGUACCAUAUUUAUAGAUACGUGUACAUAGGCAUAUAAACACACGUAAAACACACACACACACACACACACACACACACACACACACACUGAAUAGGCUACAUACAGCAUCACACACACGAUUACCUACCCCAUUCCCCGUCAGCUGUAUGUAAAGGCAUGAGCGUACCCGGACUUUACCACCAAAGGCUGAUCCUCUACACUGAACUGAUCGGCCCUAUAUAGAGAACUACAACUCCCAUGUACUUGCACAACAACCGGAAAGAAACUACAAAAACACUCCUCAUGCAAAACAGGAGAAGCUGCUGUUCACCGUGUAUGUUGGAUGACCAGUGGGUUGACAGUGUCAGCAUGACGUGGCUGUGUCGGUGGUGUGUGUUGUGUCGGGGGGGGGUUAUCUUUCCUGUUUGCAUCCUAAAACAGGAAGUGGAAGCAAACUUCGAUAGCGAUAGGUUGAUUUUAUAGAGUUGUGGAUAUGCCUGCCUGCGUGCGUGCACAUGCUUCGACAUAUAAAUGUCCGUGCGGUUAUAUUUGAAAGUGUAUUUUGGUUUGCAAACACGAGCUGAACUCGCCAUCAGCCCGGCAACAGCGAGAAAAUGUUUGAUGUGUGGUGUGGUAUCUGUUGCCAAGAGAUGUGUGGAGAUAAUCUCAUCUGCAGUCUAAUCUGAGCCCUCGCUGUCCUUUUCUUCUCGGGAGGAGAUUCCCGUUUGCUUUUGUAGCACUACACUGUAUACCCAUUCUCCACUUGAAGUCAAGUGGAGGUCUUCCCCCCCCCCCACCCCAGUAAGCUCUCGGGCCUGGAUCAGAUGUGAAGCGAGUGUUUCUCCCCACAUGUUGCGUGUAAAUAGGGUACAACGGUUUUAUUGCAAAUGUGAUGCAUAUGGUCACAAGAUGCAAGAUGCAGUAUAGCGGACGUAGAAUGCUUUGUGUAUGUGAGGGAGCCAGUGGGAGUUUAAAUGUGAAGUCAUACUCUAUUCAUUCUCUUUCUACAUCCUGCUUUCUUCCCUGCGUUGCUGUCUGCUGUCAAACAGCAGUGAUAGCCGGGAAUUUCUGGCCUAAAAAGCAGGAAAUAAUAUUUCACAGAGGAAACAGACUCUUCUGGUUAAGGAAGCAGCCAAAACAACAAGAAAAGGUUCUUUGUAAAGCAUUUAUAUUAACGCAUCAGUGCAUGCAGAGUUAAGUUCUUUGAUAAUAAUGUGAAGAUUAUAUUUGUGCUCUGUGUUUCACUAUGGUAGAGGUUUUUUUCUUUUUCUUUUUCUGGCUAUUAUAAAUGAACUGAGGAAUAAUGAAUAAUUUAUUUUGUACAUAAUGUUAAUUUAAUUUAUUUUUUUGUAUUAUUUCUGUGUUAUAUUCAGUUUUUUUUCACGUUUCUUUUUUCGCGACCUGUGUUUUUGGGUUUCUUUCGACGCUGUACAGAAUGGCAGUACACUUCUAUUCAAAGUGUAAAGUCCACGUUCUCUCCUCUCUUCUUUGUCGGUGUACAGGAGUUGUUUUUAACGAUAAAUAUGAAUAACGAUAAAAACAAAUAUUAAACUAGCAUUGAUGACUGACCAUACUUACAGUAUAUACAGAGGCACAGGCAUUCAGGCAGCCAAAAGCAUGAUUGCAUGGUUAAAAUUUGCGCUGUUUCAAGCAAAAAGCAGCAAGACACAUUUUAACAGAAGAGCUGGUUUGUUGCAAUUUAAAGGAAAAAAGUGUACUCUCUCUGAUCAUAAUUCUUGAUGAUUCCUCUUGUUAUUUGAUGAUAUUUAUGAUUCUAUGAUUAUUAUGAUUCUAUUUAUUAUGGACAUUCUUAAUAUUUAAGCUCUCUCUCUCUCUCUCUCUAUCUGCUGGUUGCUCUUCAUGUUGCGUUGCUCCUCGGUUGAUCUUGUUGUGCUUCUUUGGGAGAGGUGAACCCCCCCGGGAGACCCUGUGCCAUAGAAAAUAUGCCACGGUUCUCUCUCUCUCUCUCUCUCUCUCUCUCUCUCUCUCUCUCUCUCUCUCUCUCGACUCCCCAGUCACUAACACUGUAAGCAUGGGACGAUCCACUUUUUUACUCUUGAAUAAAAUAUGCAUGAACCUUU